GUAGAUGCCAGUAGCGAGCGUGAAGAGGCUGCCAAACUUCCAUCGUCGGUCUGUCCCGAAUGAAUACGGACCGCUCACGUUACUGGCAAGCGAUGGCAGCUGCGCGCGAUGGCGAUUGCAUACAGUAUAUAUAGCGCAGUUGACGCUGCACCCUGUCAAUUCUAUAACUAGUCCACAAACAGCAUAAUAGCGAUUGACAGAACGACUGACAAACAACCGCCGCUUAUUAGCGCCUGCAUGCCGCUAGGACACUGCCCUACCUGUAAUAAUUAGCCAGCACCAACAUGAUAUCGCAGCGCGUGAGCCUAGUGUUGGCAGCCUGCGCCUUCUGCACGCUCGCAUGCGCGACUCUUCCCGGGAAGGCACAAGCCGACUCUGUUCUUGAAGGAGAACUUGAUGUGCUGAUACCAGAGCAUCGCCCAAUGGUCUACGUCCUCCGCGCCUCCAACGGAACAGCCAUGCCGCUGUCUCUCUCCGAGGCUGCCGCUGCUUCCCUCAUCCCGUACUCCGGCUACCGCAUCCGCGUGCGCACGCCCGCUGCCUCCUCCCCGCCCCCGGCCGGGAAGCCCGCCCGCCGCCUGCUGCGAGGCCUGCUAGCAUUGGACUCUACAAACUUCACCGGUGGCCUUGGAGUGAACGAUACGCCACUGGAUAUUGACUCCUUUGAGAUUUUGGGCCCCGGAGAUGGCUCAGGCGGCGCUAAGGACACGCCCAUGGGCCCCACCAAUAUCACCUCUGUCAUCUUCCUCCUUAGCUUCUGCGGAUACCGUCGCCCUGUGAGCGCAGCUGAUUUCCGUGCCAUGUGGUUCAACAAUGCCACAUCCACACCCACGAGCCGCAACAUGCAGAACUACUGGAGCACCUGCUCCAACGGCUUCGCGCAGAUGCCCGCCUCCAAUCAGGUGGUAGUCGAGGUAGACCUGCCUUGCGCCGGUGCCUACCUAGGCACGAAGUACAACAGCACGAACAACUGUCGCACCCAAGAACUGUACACCUGGCUGAACAUGGCGGAUGAUUACGCCCGCCUGACGCUCAAGCUCAACAUCAGCGCCAUCAAGCAGCGCGUUGCGGUGCUCCCCACUGAGAUGGACCCCUACUGCGGCUGGGCAGGCCUGGCCAGCGUGGGGUGCGCCGGCACGCGCUGCUACACCUGGAUCUCUGGCUCCUCCUCCAAGGACCUGUCCAUCUAUUUCCACGAGAUGGGUCACAACAUGGGUCUGGCUCACGCGAACUGGGCCAACACGCCCGACGAUCCCUACGGCGACUUUACGUGCGCCAUGGGCAGCGGCGUGACCUGCUACAACGCCGCCAACACUUGGCGCCUGGGCUGGCUGGACACACUGCCUGGCGCCGCCCUCAACUCAUCCAAUUUCGCCACCGGCCGCUGGAGCACCUGGUCCCUGCCGCGCCAGUCGGCCGGCACCUCGCCCCAGUCCAUCAUUCGCAUCAUGCCCGAUUGGGCUCCGCCGGCCUGGCGCCAAAACGCAACGCCGGGCGCAUCCGCGGUGCCGGCAUAUUACGUGUCGCUGCGCGCGCGCCAGGCGCCGUUUGAGAACUGGUUCGGCACGGACCUUACCAACCCCGGCCGAGUGCUGGUACACACCUCCAACCUGACGCAGUCCUCCAACUCGUACCAGACCACAACGCUUCAGGCCGUGCUCGCCGCCAAGGGCCGCUACACCGCCGCCCUGCCGUACGGCAUCACCAUCCAGGUGCUCUCCAUCAACGCCAGCACCGGCGCUGCCGUCAGCAUCUGCCGCGCUGACCGCUCCGCUGAGAGCCCCAAUGACGAGUCGUGCUAUGACGGGCUCGACAACGACUGCAACGGCCUUGCUGACGACGCAGACCCUGCGUGCCAGCCGCCUUCGCCGCCGCCCAGCCCGCCACCGCCCAGCCCGCCUCCCUCCUCGCCGCCACCCAGCCCGACCCCCAGCCCCAAGCCACCAAGCCCCAAGCCGCCCAGCCCGACCCCAAGUCCCAAGCCGCCCAGCCCGACCCCAAGCCCCAAGCCGCCCAGCCCCAAGCCACCAAGCCCAAAGCCGCCCAGCCCAAAGCCGCCAAGCCCAAAGCCGCCCAGCCCAAAGCCACCAAGCGCUAGCCCUAAGUCCGCGUCUCCCACGCCGCCCAGCCCCACUCCAUCUCCGCCGCCGCCGAGCCCAACCCCUUCGCCUCCUCCGCCCAAGAAGAAGAAGGCUUCACCCCCUCCGCCGCCGCCGAGCCCUACCCCGUCGCCUCCUCCGCCCAAGAAGAAGAAGAAAGACGCUUCGCCCCCUCCGUCACCGCCGAGCCCUACCCCUUCGCCGCCUCCGCCCAAGAAGAAGAAGAAAGACGCUUCACCCCCUCCACCUCCCUCUGCUCCCCCCUCCCCCACCCCGUCGCCGCCUCCUUCCAAGCGGGUUCGGAGAUCGCCGCCGCCGGCUACUGGCGCUUAGACGCCUGCGGCGUGUACAGGGAGCUGUUGCGGCAGCCAACAGCCAAGUGCCAGUAUGGGAGGCCUGCAUGGAGCUUCCACUCCCAGGAAACAUACAUAGACAGAUACAUAGGCGCUCAUCCAGGCCUGUGAUAGCCUGAUGGGUUCCUUCCUAGCUUCAGGUGCAUCCCCAUGCAUAGCAUGCCGCAGCGAUGCCUUUGUUGUGUGCUUGAAUGCGAAGAUCCUUAACCUGAUUGGCCUACACGCAGCCAUUGGGACGGUGUUGGCGCGCUGCCAUGUUCUGCGCAUGUGCGUGUGUGGCGUGCGCUGCAUAAGUGCGCCCCUCCAAUGGGAUCACUAUUCAUCCGAAUGCAGGAUUGCGUAUGAUGUAUGAGUGCAGUGCACCUGAUGUGCUGCCACCGCGGUUGUGUGCAUCUGCAGCCUUGUCAGGGUGCAGGCGGCGGCACUCUAUUUAUCCUCACGAAGUAUUGAUGAUACAUGCAAUUGUUACCCGAUCUAGCCCCUCAUGCUUUAGCGGCCUCAUAGAAACUUAUUUUGCUGGCGUGUUGCGGUGUUGCGAUGGGACUGUUGAUCAGUGAUAGACCUCAGGAUGCGGUCUGUGUCAGCUAAUUGAACCGCUACCUAGCAACAUUCAGCCGUACGGCUGUGUUUGGGGCCAGCUCUUGCAGCGCUCCUUGCAGCGCUGCAACGUGAAAAUGCUUUUGAGGUAGAGUUCGGGCAGGCGACUGCAAUAGUUGCUAUCCCACUUCAGUCACGCAAUUCAGUGACAAUGUAUCAUUGCACUGCAAUUCUGCCCGACCCCUGCUCUGCCCGGUCCGGCGACACUACCGUCAU